ACUCGCGGUGUCACCGUCACCGUCGUGGUUGUACCGUUUGACGCGCGCUCGAUACGACUUUUACUCCUUUGUACAUCCUGACGCGUUCUAUAUCUCGUCUGUACCAAAUUAUCGGCAAACGAGGCAAAACAGCGCUUGCAACCAACAACCAGCGUAUUAUACAAACGCAAAAACCAAGAGCUUUUACAUCGAAGCCGGAUAAAUCUAGCUCCGUUGGUGCAGUGUGUGCGCGCGCGCCCCCGCGUCUGUGUGUUUUCGCUAGACUAGAAAACAGAAGAGCGGAAUGGUGAUGAUAGACAUGGCCGAUGCCGUUGUCGACGAGGAGGACCAAUACGAGCGUCUACUGAGACGUGCCAAUGUGGAGGAUCUGACGGAAGUCUCGGGUAUCGGAUGCCUCUACCAGAGCGGAGUCGACCGCCAGGGACGGCCAGUCAUUGUGUUCUUGGGCAAGUGGUUUCCAGCCAAUGACCUCAAUCUCGACAAGGCCUUAUUGUAUCUCAUCCAUUUGAUGGAUCCGAUAGUUCGAGGAGACUAUGUCAUUAUUUACUUCCACACUAUGACGCUCAGUCGUAAUUAUCCGAGCUUAAGGUGGCUCAGAGAAGUCUACAACAUACUUCCUUACAAGUAUAAAAAGAAUCUGAAGCACUUUUACAUUGUUCACCCGACGAUUUGGACCAAGAUGAUGACCUGGUGGUUCACGACAUUCAUGGCUCCGGCGAUCAAGGAAAAAGUCCACAAUCUACCGGGCAUGGAGUACCUCUUUGAAAUCAUGUCACCCGAUCAACUCGAGGUCCCCGCUUAUGUCACGGAAUACGACAUGACGAUAAACGGCACGAACUACUACCAGCCGGAGCAUUAUCUGCAAAACUCGACGUAACUACCGCGCGCGAUCCUCGUCUAGUACAACGGAGCCCCACGGUGCGCGACAACCACCUCCCGCGUGCGCUUGCUCCUUUUGGCUAACGAGGACACCGUGGAUUGGCGCCGGCCGAGAAAACUACUGCUCGAGUCGUUUUGUGAUUGCUCGACCGAGUCCAGCCACUCGUCGGCACCUCCGAGCGAGUCGAAGGGAAUGAUAUCCGUGUCGGUCGAAGCAAGCUGCGCCCGGCGAAGCGAGGACGAUUACACGAUAGUAUAGGGCGGUGCACGGCAUUACUGGGGGGGGGGGGUCGUGACAUGCCUUUUUUUGCGCGAUUCCGAGGCGAUGGUGUAUAGCGGGAAAAAUCAAUCGAUUGUAAGCGUGUGUGUGUGUGUGUGUGCGUGCGCGUGUGUGUCUUAACUAAACGGGAAAUUCGACUUACAGGGCCUUCGGGGCUGAGUGCCAAAAAAAGACAGCUCACCGGCAUUUUCUCGAGCUGAAAAUCCGCGCGGGAGACGAGCGAUCGAUUAACGCCACGUUGCGUGUUUAUGUACACCGCGCUAUUGUUUCCGUCGUUAUGUAUCGUUGAAUACGAGUGAUUGUGAUUCCACCGGCAAACUCUUGAUAUCUCUCGAUUACAAUGUAAGCUGCGCGAGAUUUUUUAAUUUUUUUUUUGUUUUCUCGCUAUUUUACGAUUAUCGCUGGUUUCUCGUUUUUUUUUUUUUUUUUUUUUUUUUCGAACGAAAGGGUGACUUUUCGUUUGACCUGGUGCUCUCUAACGGUGAGGCCUAAUUGUUUGGUUGCAAUUUUACAGGUGUGCACUUUUUUAACCUCGAGACGUGAGCUACAGCCUAACUAAUUUAAGGUUAAUGCACAAAAAAUUCGUGUCGCGAGUAUUUUGUAAUCGAUGAUAUUGCGGUAAAUUCACGAGAAAAUUUAAUAAAUAAAUAAACAAAACAAGACAAAAUGAAAGAUCAAACUGCCACCGACGAAGAGAGGCUUUCUCAGAGAGCGGACUGCCCCUUUUUUAAGACGUCAAAGAGGCCAAUCUUUGUGAGAUGUAUUGUGAACCCUCAUUUCGUAUGAUUUAAAAAAAAUUCAUUAUUCGCGUUGUUCAAAAAAAAAAAAAUCGUUUUUGUAAAGUAUUCGCGGUA